AUGGCACCCGGAGGCCCCCCUGGAACAAGCGCUCGUGGCCGAGGCGGAAAGUUUCGAAAGCCCACACGCGGAGGCGGUAAGAAGUUCUCACGCGACAUCCGACCCCUCGACGCCGAUGGUAACGAGGUGAGCAUGUGGGCUGCGGGCGAAAAGCCAGAAGGCGACAGUGAUGACGACGAGUCUUCCGAGGAGGAGACUUCUGAAGAGGAAGACGACGAGCCAGAGGCUGGACCCGCCGAGCCAGAAACCCAAGAGGAGUCGCGCGAGGCACGCAAGGCCGAAAAGAAAGCUCGAAAGGAGGCAGCCAUUGCCAAACUGAGGGCCAAGACCGUCGAGGUUGGCGACAUGCCCUCAAGCGACGAGAGUGAGAGCGAGAGCGACGAUGACGAUAUGCCCGCCAACCCCAACCACUCCAAGGAGGCGCGCAAGCAGGCUGCUGUGGGCAUGGAGGAGAUCACAGAGGGUGUCGAGGGCCUGAAGGCGGCGCCCACUCGACGUGAGCGCGAGGCUCUCGAGGCUGCCGCUGCUAAGGAGAAGCACAUGCGCCUAACAGCCCAGGGCAAGACCGACCAGUCCAAGGCUGAUCUGGAGCGCCUCAAGGCCAUUCGUGAGCAACGCGCUCUUGAUGCUGCCCGAAGAGAAGCCGAGCGUGAAGAGAAGGAUGAGCAAGAAAAGACCAAGAAGGCCGACAUUGAGGCCAGAGAGGCUCGUCGGAGGGAGGCUGCCGCUGGCAAGAAGGGCAAGAAGAAAUAG